GCCACCUGGGGCCACGCCGCCGCCGCCGACUUCGCGCCCGUCCCCCGGAUGUGCCGCCUCGUCAUGGCCAACUACGCCCCGCCCGACCUCCUCGCCGCCCCGCCGCUCCUCCUCGACCCCUCAAACGUCGUGCGCCGCCGCACCUACGCCGACACGGGGGGCCGCAUCACGCCCUACCUCGUCUACCUCGACCACGCGCAUGCCGACAUCGUGCUCGCGCUCCGGGGGCUCAACCUCGGCCGCGAGUCCGACUACGCGCUGCUCCUCGACAACCGCCUCGGCAAGCGCCGCUUCGACGGCGGCUACGUCCACAACGGCCUCCUCCGGGCCGCCGGCUGGGUGCUCGACAGGGAGUGCGACCUGCUCAGGGACCUCCUCGACCGGUACCCCGCCUACACGCUCACCUUCACGGGCCACUCGCUCGGCGCCGGGGUCGCCGCCAUGCUCACCAUGGUCGUCGUGCUCAACCUCGACAAGCUCGGCAAGGUCGAGAGGGGCCGCACCCGGUGCUACGCCAUGGCCCCCGCCCGCUGUAUGUCGCUCAACCUCGCCGUCAGAUACGCCGACGUCAUCAACUCCGUUGUGCUUCAGGAUGAUUUCUUGCCUCGGACAGCUACUCCUUUAGAAGAUAUCUUCAAGUCGAUUCUAUGGUAUGGCCAUGCCACCGAUGCGGUUUAGUCUAUGUUCGUAUUUAGUGCUGUUAGUUAUGAUUCUAGCACACACUUUCACAUCAUGUAGUUCCGUACUUCCAUAUUUCCCUUUUACUCCAAUCGAAUAUUAAUAACCCAAUGACAAGCCAUAGCUGUAUCAGGUGAAAACUAAGUAU